AUGCCUGGGAGCGGAAUAAGCCAGGUUAAAAGAAGAUAUGAAGUGAUUUGCCCAAAGUAUGGUGAAGCUGGUCAUUAUGAAAAGGCAUGUAAAGGACCUCCAAAACCAGGAUAUGUGAAAAAAAACAAAAAUUUAGCAAAGAAAACAACAACUAUGGAAAAUUGGUCACAGACUCAGCCUCAAUCACACAGUUUGUCACAGGAAUCACCACGACCACAAGUUGUAAGGCCUCCUCCUGUUAGGCCACCACCACCUCCUUCUGUUCGGCCAUCAUCUCUUCUAGUUAGGCCGCCACCACCACCUUUCAUUGCACGUCCUUCAAUAGUUGGAACUUCAUCGAUCCGACCACCAACACCUCCAUUUUGUCCUCCACGUUUAUCUCAAUCUCCACAAAUUAGACCUAUUAGUUCAAGAUUCAUGCCUACUCCUGGAUUUACACAAUGGUGGUCAACAUGA